UUGCUUAUAUUUCACAUCAGCGAGAAAAAGGAUGUGUUAAGGCACGUGUGUGACUAAAUGUUGUUAUUUUUUUGUUUAAUAUACUGAAGCAUCAUUGUGUUUUGUAAAACGAAUUGGAUGUAUUAUUUUUACGCUCUUUGUUAAUGUAUGCGUUUCAUUGGUCUGGCAUCCAGAGCCCAUAGGUGUGAUCGGAACAAAGAAAGACUUACUUCGUUCAGUCGUCAGUUGGCCAGCAAAACUAGAAGUAGUUGAAAUAGAGCGCAAGCAUCGUAGAACUUCGUGUAAUAUUUUCUUUUGCCGCACUGGUCGUAGUGGAAAGUUUUUAUUCAUGAAAUUGACAUUAUUUUACUUGAAGCAAAAGUUCUAUUUCGCAAUGGGAAUUCAAUCAUUUCUAACGCAUUGAAAUUGAGGGAUCGGAAAGUUGAAACCGUCUAGUGGUUGCACAGAAUUGUAUCGGUUGUUUGUCGACAUAAUUUUAUCAGUUCUUAGUUGUACAAGGAAGUCUUCGUAUGGAAGCUUCCUACAUGCCUAAUUUGAGUUCAACAAAUCUUCUAUAAUAGUGUAAUAUUUUGAAGUGCUAUUUUUAUAUCUCUACAAACUCAGCUUUAAGUCGAUCUGGUUUGAGGUUUAAUCGCAAUAAAUACAGCGCACAGAGCAGCGUGGAAAGUUUCUCAACACAAUCAUCAGACAAACGAGUGAGAAGCGAGCCAGUGACCAAGCAGGCAAAAAUCGAACAGCUGAGAAACCUUGAAAUUAAAUUCGUCAGUGUGUAGAUAAAAGCAGGCAAAGGGAGAAAAAGUGAAAUAGAAAAAAACAGCCGUUCGAGUCAAACGUGAGAGAACAAGACGCUAAACAGAAUUGUGCUGCCGAUAAUCAUCAAAUCAUGCCGUGGUACGCACCAUGGACCAACGUGAUCAAGAAGAAAGUAUGCCGUUUCCUCCUGCAACGAUACCUCGGUCAGUUUCUCGAGGAAAAACUUAGUCUGGACCAGUUGAAUGUUGAUUUCUACAAUGGCACCGGGACAGUGUAUGACGUGACAUUAUACUGCCAGGCGUUGAACGACCUCUGCGAAGGACAGGGCUGGGGAGUUGAAGUCAUUUGUGGACACAUCGGUGCAGUAACUGUCAACAUUCCCUACGAAGCCCCGUUGGCCAAGGACAGUUCUAUUGAGGUGACAAAUCUAUCAAUCAGUCUCCGACCCAAAGCCCGAGUUACAGAUGGCACUUCAAUGUUCGAAUCGAUGUGGUCUUCGAUGUCCAGCUCCAUGCAGUUGGCUCAGGAGUGCUUGGAACGAGAAGGGUCAUGUUCCGAGACACCAUCGACCGCACCCGUUAACACAAUCGAGGGAUUGGAGAAGUUUGCGCAAAUCAUCGACAACGUAUUGAAUCGAAUCAAAGCUAGGCUAGUUAAUACGGAAAUACGCAUUGAAUAUCUGCCACCAGACAGCGAUAGUGGAGUCGCUCUCAUAGUGAAAAUCAAAAGCAUCGAUUAUCAGAAUGAAGCGGGAAAUGAUCCUCCAGAUCGCCAGGAUACCGCCAGCAGCGAAGAUAGCAGUAACACACAGCAACAGUCAAAGCAGAAAUCGUUUCUCAUCUCAACGCACGUGACGCAUCAUAUUAGCAUGGAAGGUAUCACAUUCUAUACAGAAGAAUUCCGGAUACACAACCCCCGCCAACAACGACGACAGCACCAAUCCUCUUCCUUGUCCGGGAACUGCGAAAGCGCAGCGGUUAACGAGCAGUUUCUGAGCACUAUAUCAGAUCUGCCGGACCCAUCGAUGACGUCAGGAGCAACCGGGACAGGAAAUGAGUUUUUUAGUUAUACAAACGCAUGUGAUAAUAGUAGUAAUAGUAAUAGUUUUAAACGGACCGACAGUAUGGGAAGCGCUACUGGAGCUAGCUCGGAUUGUGAUGAAAACCAAGAUGAUUAUAUACGAUAUAUUCAUUCUGGUGAAAUACUGAUUGGUAAAUUGACGUCUAAGCAGGUGGUUCGCGUCAGAAUGAAACAAGCGGACAAUUUAAGUGGCCCAAACGUGGAGUUGGAAAUGUCUCUCGGGUGUUUCCAACUGUUUCUAUCGCCCAGACAGCUACAUGCGAUCAUUCUGCUAAGUGAUACAUUUUUAGGAAUGAAUGAAACCCCAACUCCAGUUAAACUUUCUCCACCAGAUACAAAUACAAAACAAAAACGAUAUGAAGAUGCGGAAUUCGAAUUCAAACAUAACACAGGUCGAAUGUCAGGAGGAAUCGGUCUAAAUCAGGGGUGGUCAAUAGCGGAUCCAAUGCAGACUAUGAUUCAAGAGCAGGCUGAAUUUCUAGGAAGUGAUUUUCGAGAAGACCGAUGUGCAUUGGAAAUGAUCGAAUCGUCUAACAGUUCAAUGACCAGUUCGUUAACGUCUUCAAGUAUGGCAUCUAGAACAACGUCGGCUAGCAGAAGAAGGAUGAUUGACCCGGAUGCAGAUGCGGAUAUUUCGAAAUUCAAUGUGAGAGUCGCAGCAAUGGCGAUAGUUUUGCUACAUGAAGAUAUUCUGGUAGAGAGCAGUCGAACAAAUCAUAUGCAAGAGUCUCCAUUGAGCGAAGCUAGUGUUCAAAAGUUACAAGAUAAAGCUGAUCAAUUUUUCCGAUCUGUGGGUAAUUUAGGAUUAGGGCUUGGUGCAAACGAUAUUCUAAAUGCAGGCCUUAUAAUGGAUUCUGGUUGUGAUUGUAACCAUUUGCGAUUGCUAAUGGCACCGAUAAUUGUGGAAGGAGAGGAACAACGAAAUCAACACGGAACUGUGUUGCGAUUCUCGGUUUCUAUUGCCAGAGCAGAUUUCCGUGAAAUUCUAACAGAUGCGUCGGUGCCGUUGAUUGAAUUCUAUCGCGAGAAGGGAUCAUCCGCGCUUCCGAAAAGGCCGGAAAUUAUAAUGAAUUUCAAGCAAACAUGUAACGCUCUGAAAGGGUCAAGCGGUAAACGAUUUGCUCCCCCAAAACUAGAGCUUCGUUUUUCUGUGGCUUCGUUUCUUUCGGAGUUCGAUAUUACUAUUCUCGACCGGCUUAGCUCUUUGUUUUACCAGUUUCCGUUUGCGGCUUACUAUAAUCAGACAACCCCAGUGAACUCACCAGAAUCACCCGAUGUUCAAGGAUAUUCACGAAAAGUGGAACCCAAAAACGAGAUUUACUUGGAUGCUCCUUCUAUCGAUUUCCGAUUACGAUUUCCAGUACCCGAUCUAAGACCUAUUCAUGAUCCACAACGUGUACCUUGGUGGCGUCGAAAUAUUCGACCGGACUUCGUUUUGGUGAAGCUGUUGCAAGCACGUGCAAGUGUAGCUUUAAGUCCGCAUCCCUUGUACGAUAUAUCAGCCAACGAGAUCCAGAUCUUUUACCAUGAAAGUGAGAUGAAGCAUGACUGUGUGAAUAUAGGCAAAGCUGUGAUGACGGAUAAUGUAGGUAGUAAGUUUAAUGAUCAGAAACAAGAACCGGCAGGCGUAGAAUAUCCUAGGAUAGUAAUUGAGAUCCCAAGUGAUGCACAAAUCCAAAAACUACAACAACACACUACACAAUCAAAAUGCGAGAAUCGAUGUCGAGGUAACUAUGAGGAAAGUGACAGCGAUCCUACAUCUGGUGAGAGCUUUGGAGUAACAACAGGUAAAAGCAAAGAAGACACUCCAUUCAGCGCUAAACGGGUGUGUAGGGAAAGUGAUACUCCCCACACUAAAGCAUCGGUGGAUGACCCGGAAACACUUACACUGCCAGGGGAUAAAGAUGAGUUAUAUAGAUUCUGUCAAGCUGCGAUGGAACUAAGUAAAUUGCAAAUUAGAAUUGAACUUCCAGUUGUUAGUUUGCAAUUGAAAUCUAAACACCUCUAUGAGGUUAUCUAUAAUCGUAUCAGUACUGAUCUUCUACUGUGGAGUCCGAGUGCCCCUGCCGCAACUGCUGCCGCCGAGGCAAGUGCCAAUCUGAGUGCUUCCAAAGUAGCAUUUCAGGAACCGCCAUUUAGCUUAGCUAACAUGGGUAUGAUGGACAGCAUAUAUGCUCCAUUCACAAUGUGCCAGAGUGCCAUUCAAUUAGAUUCCAGCUCUUCUACAAACAAUUCUGAGUCGGAAUCGGACUCGGACGGAAUAUUCUACUCCGUGUAUGACCGAAACAGUAGAUAUCUGGCAGGACAAAUCGAUGAAAGCGGAAGUGAGAUUACUGAUCAGCUAAAACCGCAGCAUCCCAAUCUACACAAUAGCAGGCGUCAUCAUUUGCAGAAGCAAAGAAAAUCGUCAUUCGUGGACAGAAGUAAUGCGAUUUCAUUUCAACUAAACAUUGGUCAAGGGAUGUUAACCAUGUUUGCUCCUGUGAGGGAUGCACAAAACCACGUCAUACCGGGUCAAUUGGGCGAAUUUAUUGUUAAACUUCAAUCUACUUAUGUUUUCUCAGUGAAUGGCUUCCAUGGAAAUAGUAAUUUGGGUUAUUUGUGCAUCCAAGGCAAAGCUGCAGAUAUUUAUCAUUGUGGUUUGAUUCCAACUCCAGCCAGCAACCCACCACUUCGGUUGGUGAACAGUGUCCUUCCAGCAUAUAUAUUUAGUACACUCUAUCCUACUCCUAAAAAUCUAACCUUGAACGAGCAGCGAGGUUGUGCGAAUCGGGAAAUGUUUUCUUUGGCGAUUCAGAUCAAGGCUGUACCGGAGCAAAGCAUCAAACGAAUCCGAAUGGCAGCAGGGAUUCAACUUACCACUCUAAGACAUCAUUCGACACUGCCACAACACUCGUGGUUAACGCAAUUAUUGGAUAUGUUCGAUGUUGUUGAUUAUCCAGUGCAAGGAUACACUCCGUUUGGUGUCGUUACGGAAAUGCAUCUACAUCUGUGGGAUUGUGCAAUCGAUUACCGGCCUUUAUAUUUUCCUUUUAGAGCAAUUAUUACUAUCGGUUCGUUCAUGAUCAGUAGUAAUAUUACAACGGAAAGUUCUGGUUUAACACUACGAUUCAUCGCCGAAGAUGCCGCACUAUGCCUUGCUCCACAAAUUGCUUCCCUUGUUCCAGUGGCCAAUGAAAAAGAUACUCAUAGGAAGACCAGUAGCAGUACUGCCGGCAAUCGAGAUGACAAUAAAGUAACUGUUCUACCUUCGAAUGAACUGGUUUGUUUGGUUGAAGUAGGUCUAUUUGAAAUUUCGCUCCGGCUGAAUGAAAAAGCUACCAGCUGUUUUCCAAAGUUCGAUUUACGCACGGCUAUGAACGACAUACAUGUGCGAACUUGUGCGGAUUCUGGACGAGCGCUUGCCCAGUUGAUAGGUUACCUUGCGGCCGAAGGUGAUUUACUGGCGCAAGAUGAUGGGGCAAGUGAUACCGAGUCGAAUGAGUCGGCUGUUGGUUUGCCAAUGAGCAGUGAGCUCGAGGGUAAUUUGGUACCAGUAAAACCAAACCCUGCACCUGAGGUAACCCCAAAGCAACAACAGCGUGUCAAUACUUUGAUGGCUGAAGCCAUGGAAGAGAGUCUGUUUAUCCAAAACAGUACCAGUGAUUCAUCGCGCGAAGAUCAAUUGCUAGCAGAUGGAGAAGGAGUGGAAGUAUUUUUCUUUCCUGAUGAAGAUCAAAAUCGGGUUGCAUCGAGAACGAAAAUGGUCAAUAACCUGAUAUCGGAUCACAGUAACAAACGGCGUUUCGCUUCGGACGAUGACUCUCUUAGUAUAGAAGAAGGUUCCAGUGUACCGUCAUCUUUCCAAGAUGACAAUUUUUAUCUAAAGCAGAGGCAACUCGAUGAACGUUCCGAUGACACUGGAAGCGUAAACACCGAAAUGAGAGAACUGUUGAAUUUCGAAUGUUCUGUAAUGGGACUAGAGAAAGAACGAGACGAGGAAGACGAAGUAGUGGAAGCUCUACCGCAGGUUACGAUGGAUCUCGGCGAUGUCAAUAAGUUCGAUAGGUCGUCGUCAAAGCAUAUAUCCAAUAUGUCAAAAAAUGAACCAAGGAAAGUUAGUUCUGAUACAGAUGAUGAUUUUUGCUUCAUCGCCGAUGAGGAGCGCCCUCAUUGCGGCAAUCAAGAAGUACCGGUUUUGGAAGAACCGAUUCGAAUAAUUGACAACCAUUUUAGUGUCCCAACGGGAAAGCACGAUCUGCUGUUAGCUCCAAAAGAGUUUCCAAUGGCGGUUACUAGGUACACAAUUUGUGAAAUGUCGAUCACCUGGCACUUGUAUGGAGGGCAUGAUUUUCUAACGGAAGAAGAGAGAAAGAAAUCCCGACCAAAAAAGUCACACUCGGAGCAUAGUUUUGCUCACCUACCGAUGUCAGAAGCGUACAAAAGUGGUGUCAGUUACUCGAAAGGUUCUCCUUCGGUUAGCUUCGGCCCAACAUUGAGCCAGAAGCUUACCUGGAAGAGCCGGGGAGGUCCUGAACGAAGACAUGAUGUCAUGAUGGAAGUACAGGUGAAUAAAGUAAAGUUUUCACACGAAGUCUAUCCUACAAACACGGAACAAGCCUCUCGUCAGGUGCUUCUGAUAACGGAGUUGGAAAUUUGGGAUCGAUUAGCGGUUUCUGACAUAAAAAAAUUCUUAUAUCAGUACAGUGUAGGUGGUCAACGUACUAGUAAGGGCAACAACCAUAUGAUGGUAAUUAAAUCACUUCAUAUACGUCCGAAUCCGACAUUACCGGCUCAGGAAUGUUGCUUGAGAAUAUCUGUCCAACCUAUCCGUCUGAACAUCGAUCAGGAUUCCCUUCUGUUUAUGGUGAACUUCUUCAACCAACUUGGCGGAGGAGGCGAUUUGAAUGAGUAUGCUGGACAGUAUCAUCAAACUACUGGGCGAGCGAAUCAAACGACGACAUCCCAUCAACAGCCCGUGAUGAUGGUCGAGCUACCAGACGCUGCUCAGGAACUGCAAGCAAGGAAAAUGGUUUCGGAAAACCUGAUGCUACUUAUAGAUGAAGACGAAAAGAAUAAAGAACAACAGGAUACGAACAGCGAAGUAGGAGAUGAUACACCACCUAUCUAUUUCCGGAAUAUCAUUUUCAGUCCAGAUGUUCCAAUCCGAAUCGACUAUCAUGGCAAGCGUGUUGAAUUGUCUCACGGUCCAUUGGCAGGAUUAUUGAUGGGUCUCGGCCAGUUGCAGUGUUCUGAGAUUCGACUGAAGAAGAUAUCACAUAGACAUGGGAUUUUAGGAAUGGAUCGUCUUCUGAACUUCCUCUUACAAGAAUGGUUGCAGGACAUUAAAAAGAAGCAACUUCCCAAAAUUCUCGGAGGUGUCGGCCCAAUGUAUUCUUUGGUACAGCUUUUCCAAGGUAUAUGGGAUUUGUUCUGGCUUCCGAUUGAGCAGUACCAAAAAGAUGGUCGUAUUGUACGUGGAUUGCAGCGAGGAGCACAAAGUUUCACUGCACGUACGGCACUGGCUGCCUUGGAGAUUACUACCAGAAUCAUCCAUUUACUACAGGUAACGGCUGAAACUGCUUACGACAUGGUAUCGCCUGGACCUUCGGUUCGCCGUGGACGUGGAAAUAAGAAAGGAAAACGAAAGCGGCUGCAUCCGCCGCAAGACAUUCGCGAAGGAAUGACAAAUGCGUUACAAAUUGUUAAGGAGGGUAUAAGUGAUACGGCGCAUAAUUUAGUGGAGUUGACUGCUCUGGAGCACGAUCAAAAGGGUUACACUGGUGCCGUCGGUGCAGUCAUGCGUCAAAUUCCACCGAUGGUAGUACAGCCACUCGUGUUGGCCACACAAGCUACCAGUAACGUGCUUGGCGGCGUUAAAAAUCAACUUGUGCCGGAUGCGCGGGCCGAAGCACGCGAAAAAUACAAGGAUGAUGUCGAGUAAAUGAACUUAGUAUUGUAUGCGCCUUAAUUUGAAAAAUCUGACAUUGUACUAUGUUACAUCUUGUACGAUUAUUUUGUGGCAUAAUGAUUAACAGUGUUCAAAAACUGUCUUUUUUUCUAAAUUAGUUAAAAGUGUCAGAUGCACACUUGAUUUUUUCGGGUUUCGAUCCUUCGCAAAUCAGGCAACUUUCAUUUUCAUUUUUUUCCUUUAGCUAUAGUAGAACUAACAGCUUUUAAAUAACAUGAAAAACUAUGUGAUAAUCGUUAAGAUUACUGCACGCCUUUGCAGCUUAUAGAACAGUUUAGGAAUAGUUCGUUCAAUAUAAUCGGUGACACAAUUUCUUAUUAUUUGAUUAAUUCGUAGGUUGAAAUGAUAACGAUGAUAAAUCGCACCAAUUAUAGUAAUUCAAUAUGAUAGAUGGUAUAACUCUCUAAAACUUAUUCUUUCAAAGAAAAUUUCAAUCAACUGCAGAAUAUCCUCUCUUCUCGUUUAUUGUAGUUGAACUAGUAAGGAUAUCUAUAUUUCUAACAGGAUUGUCCAACAAUAUAUUCAUCUAGAGUGUUUAUUUGUCUAUAUACAAAUAGAGCAAGGUAGAAUUUCGCGUGUACUAGAUUAAAUAACUACACUAUGUUUCUUCUAUCAGUCAUUUCUUGAAGAACAUAACUAAGCAGCGAUUGAUUGAUGUGAUGAAUUGAAUGUAUUUUAAACAGAAGUGCAUGGGCAUCGUGUAAACUGAUUAUUUUUUAGCUCUUUAGAUCUACAACAGUUUGUAUUCGUACAGACAUCAACAUUUUGAAAAAAAUAAAAUGAUGAAUUAAAGAGAUUGAAUAAUAUUUAUACUCUGAA